AUGUGCAACACCUGUUGUGGUUCCGUCUGCUCUGAGCAGAGCUGUGGCCAGGAGACCUGCUGCCGCCCCAGUUGCUGCCAGAGCACCUGCUGCAGGACCACCUGCUGCCGCCCCAGCUGCUGUGUGUCCAGCUGCUGCAGGCCCCAGUGUUGCCAGCCCACCUGCUGCCGCCCUUCCUGCUGCAUUUCUAGCUGCUGCCGUCCCAGCUGCUGUGUGUCCAGCUGCUGCAGGCCUCAGUGUUGCCAGUCUAUCUGCUGCCGCCCUUCCUGCUGCAUCUCCAGUUGCUGCAGGCCCCAGUGCUGCCAGCCUGCCUGCUGCCGUCCCAGCUGCUGUGUGUCCAGCUGCUGCAGGCCCCAGUGCUGCCAGUCCACCUGCUGCCGUCCCAGCUGCUGUGUGUCCAGCUGCUGCAGGCCCCAGUGCUGCCAGCCCCAGUGCUGCCAACCCACCUGUUGCCGCCCUUCCUGCUGCAUCUCUAGCUGCUGCCGCCCCAGCUGCUGCCAGACCACCUGCUGCAGGACCCAGUGCUGCCGCCCCAGCUGCUGUGUGUCUAGCUCCUGCAGGCCCCAGUGCUGCCAGUCCGUGUGCUGCCAGCCUACCUGCUGCCGCCCCACCUGUGUCAUCUCCACCUGCCCCCGCCCCAUGUGCUGCGCCUCCUCUUGCUGCUGA